AGAGGGCUGCGCGUUCUGUGGUCUCCCAGGCUCCCCGUUGUUUGGGCCCGUGCUCCUCCACCUCGGGAGCAGGACUGGCCUGAGACCUCGAGGAUCUGGGUUGGACUUUAAACAAAGGAAAAGUUUAUCCAGGAAAGUGCUUUCAUUCAAAGAGUAAAUUAAAAGAAGACACCGUGAGCAGCAGAUAAACAAGACAUUUGUGUCCUUGAAGAAGUCACAGAAACAACUGUGGUGUGAGAAGAGAGUGGGCACAUAGGAGAAAUCGGACCUGGUGUGAUAUUUUUGUCAGAAAAGACUUAAGGAGGAAGAGAGAAGACACGUUUCCAGAGAAUGAAAGAGUGCAGUGUCAAAAUGGAGACCAGCAUUUCUGAGAUUCAAAUAGAGACUAAGGAUGAGAAGAGACCAGUGGCAUCCAGUCCUCAGAAAGAGAGGCAGGAAAGAAAAACAGCCACACUGUGCUUCAAGAGAAGGAAGAAAGCGAACAAGCCAAAGGCCAAAGCUGGCUCCAGGACUGCUGAGGAGACAAAGAAACAUGCCCCAGAAGCUGGAGGUUCUGGUCAGCGGCAACCAGCGGGGGCCUGGACCUCCAUCAAACGCCUUGUGACACACAGGAAAAGGUCGGAGUCUGCAAAGAAGCAGAAGCCAUCUGAGACUGAGGUGCAGCCUGAGGAUGGAGCUCUUCCUAAGAAAAAGGCAAAAUCCAGACUUAAGAUUCCUUGCAUAAGAUUCUCAAGAGGGGCAAAGAGAAGUCGUCAUUCCAAACUCACAGAAGAUUCAGGCUACGUCAGAGUCCAGGGAGAAGCAGACGAUUUGGAGAUAAAAGCCCAGACCCAGCCAGAUGACCAGGCAAUCCAGACUAGGUCCACCCAGGACCUACAAGAAAGUGUGUUGGUGAGAGAUGGUAAGGAGAUCCAAGAAUCACACGUAAGCAACAGCGUCACAUCAGGAGAGAAUGUGAUUGCCAUAGAACUGGAAUUAGAAAAUGAGUCUUCUGCUAUGCAGAUUGGAACUCCAGGGCUUGAAAAGGAGGCUAAAGUGGUUAUGGAAAAGCAAAGUGUCCAGGUACAGCAAGCAAGUCUGCUUGAGAGUUCAGCAGCAGGGAGCCCUCGGCCAGUGAUUUCUGCUGCUCCCCCAUCACCAGCAACCACGCAUCAACGCAGUCUGGAAGAACCCAGUGACAGCAUCCGGGAAAGUGCACCAAGUGGGAAAGAUGACAGAGGAAGAAAGACUGUGGCUGAAGAAAAGAAAUCAGAAGAGACUGCACUGGACCAGACAGAGGAAGCUACAGACAAACGUGUACUAAGCCAGGCAGAAGUUACAGUGGGCCAUGUAGAGGAAGCUACUGUGAUCCAGACAGAGAGUCAGGCAAAGGAAGGUAAACUGAGCCAGGCAGAGGAAGCUACAGUGGCCCAGGAAAAGGAAACAGUAUUAAGUCAGGCAAAGGAAGGUAAACUGAGCCAGGCAGAAGAACCUGCAGUCAGCCAGGCAAAGAAAGCUACAGUAGGUCAAGCAAAGAAAGCUACAAUUGGCCAGGCAGAGGAAGCUGUAUUGAGCCAGGCAGAAGCUACAGUUAGUCAGGCAGAGAAACCCACAGUUGUUCCGGCAGAGGAACCCACAGUUGUCCAGGCAGAAGAACCCACAGUUGUUCAGGCAGAGAAACCCGCAGUUGUUCAGGCAGAGGAACCCACAGUUGUCCAGGCAGAGGAACCCACGGUUGUCCAGGCAGAAGAACUCACGGUUGUUCAGGCAGAAGAACCCAUGGUUGUCCAGGCAGAAGAACCCACAGUUGUCCAGACAGAAGAACCCAUGGUUGUCCAGGCAGAAGAACCCAUGGUUGUCCAGACAGAAGAACCCACGGUUGUCCAGGCAGAAGAACCCACGGUUGUCCAGGCAGAGAAACUCACAGUUGGUCAGGCAGAGGAAGCUGUAUUGAACCAGGCACCAGAUCUGAAAGAAAAUGGAAUUGAUACAGAGAAACCAAGAUCAGAAGAAAGCAAAAGAAUGGAGCCAAUUGCUAUUAUCAUUACAGACACUGAAAUCAGUGAAUUUGAUGUUAAGAAAUCUAAAAAUGUCCCUAAGCAAUUCCUAAUUUCAAUGGAAAAUGAGCAAGUGGGGGUUUUUGCUAAUGAUAGUGAUUUCGAGGGGAGAACUUCAGAGCAGUAUGAAACACUCUUAAUAGAAACAGCUUCUUCUCUCGUCAAGAAUGCUAUCGAGCUGUCUGUAGAACAGCUGGUUAAUGAAAUGGUUUCCGAGGAUAAUCAAAUAAAUACGGUGUUCCAGUGA